GGGUUGAGCCAAGUUGAGCUGGAGUUUGGCCGUUGGUGUGUUUGCAGCUCGAUGGCAGUGCUGAGGAAGCUCCUUUGUGUGGCUGCUCCGCUCUGUGCGGGCGGCAGAGCUGGGAUCACAAACCCUCUGCUCAGCUCAACCAUCAAGUCCAUCUAUUUACCCCAGGCGAGGAGUGCUCUGUUUCCUGUGCCCAGGAGAUCGUGUUCCUCAGUCCCUCAGGCUCCCCAAAUCCAAAUCCACCGUUUGCAAGGAGCCAGCUCGGAUUUUGAAGAUGAUCCUGUGGUAAUCUUGUUGGGUUGGGCUGGCUGUCGCGAAAAGCAUUUAGCAAAAUACAGUCACAUCUACAAAAAAAAGGGUUGCAUAGUUAUCAGUUAUACUGCUCCCUGGGAAGAUAUAUUUUUAAUCUCACUAUGCACAAGAUCCCUCCAUGGCACUGCUAAGAAAUUGCUGGACCUGCUGUUUGAUAUUGGCAUUGAAGAGCAUCCAAUUGUAUUCCAUGUCUUCAGUAACGGAGGGUGUAUGCUCUACCGCUACAUCAUUGAGCUGCAAUAUGACAGAGGUGCAACUCGGUACAGGAAGUUGAAUGUAGUCGGUACUAUUUUUGACAGCGGACCUGGAGACAAGAACUUUCAGGGGGGCAUCCGAGCACUCCAUUCAAUCCUGAGGCCAUCCAACAAUCCUUUCAUAAAGAUAUUUGCUACUGUCACAUUUGUCUUCGUUGCGCUCAUUAGGUUUAUGCUUUACCCAGCGUCCAAGUUUUGGUCCCUGUCCCUCUAUGACAGUCUGAAGCAGGAUCCAUCUCGGUGGCCCCAACUUUACUUGUAUUCCAAAUCAGACAAGGUUAUUUCCUACAAGGACAUAGAAAAUAUGAUCAGAGCCAGAAAACAGUUACGUGUUCGGGUGGAAUCUGUGGACUUUGGCACAUCACAACAUGUAAACCAUUUCAGAGAAUUCCCAGAGAAAUAUUCCAUCAGGGUCCUCAGUUUCCUCAAGCAAUGCAUUGGGCAAUCAACUGGUACUGGAAGGUCUGGCAAAAAACACUUACCAAUGUAAUAAAGCUUCAGAGAGGGAAUGUCUGCACUCCGUUUUGAAAAGUCUUUUGCAAUCCUCCAAAGAGGUUACAUAUUUUAAUGGGAGAUGGUGGUGACUGUAACAUUGAAUAUAAAAGUAACCAGCCUUUCAUGUAAUCUCACACUCUGGUCAUGUAAUAUUCACCCAUCAUAUGCAAGUCUGCUAAUUGUAUUACUGCUGGUGAAGUAUUAAUUGAACUAUUUAGAGUACCGGCCACAUUUAUUUAAUUGGGAGAAAGUUGAAUGCUAUGUAGAGAAAUAAACCAAAGUUAUUCA